AUGACAUCUCUUCACGUAUCUGCAAUGGUCAUGCUGGCCCUUGCCGGUGGCACGUCCGCCAUGGCCUCGAGCUCAUCGGCCGCCGCAGCCGGUCCGACCGGCCUUUCCUACCCGUCGGGAUUUGACAUGAAAACCAGCUGGGGAAAUCUCAGCCCCUAUGCCGAUGCAACCGGGUUCAAUGUCUCGAAGGGAUUCCCAUCAGAGUGUGAACUGUCACAGGUGCAUGUGCUACACCGUCAUGCCCAGCGCUACCCAACCCAAUGGCCUCUGGACGGGGAGGGCAUGGAGAACUUCGCCCAGAAAUUGACCAAUUACAGCAAAAAGCACCCAAACAAGAAGAUUGGCUCCGGUCCUCUGGCCUUUCUGAAUGAUUGGGAGUAUGUUCUGGACUUGAACACUCUGCUCCCCACUGGCGCUGCCACCGAAGCCACUUCCGGCGCCCAAUUCUGGAGCCAGUAUGGGCGAUUGUUGUAUCGCGCAGAGAAUGGCCAGGCAGCUUGGGAUGCAUCCCUGAAUGUGUAUCCGAAUGGCACUGCGCGCCCGAAGCCCACUUUCCGCACGACUUCGUACCCCCGAAUCCUGGAAAGCGCCCGCUGGUGGCUGAGUGGCUUUUUCGCAAACACCGGAGCCAAUAGCUCGUACUCAGAGUACGAUCUUACAAUCAUCCCCGAGGAGUCCGAUUUCAAUAACACGCUGUCUUCAACUGAUGCGUGUACCCAGGGCUGGGAGCCAGGUGACAAUGCUGCCAAGGUAUUCGCCUCGUCUCUCGCUAAGAGCGCCCGGAAACGUCUUGCUGCGUAUCUCCCUAACGAUCUGACCCUUGACUCUUUCGACAUCCUCGCAAUGCUCAACAUGUGCCCCUAUGAGUAUGCUACCUUGGGUCAGUCCUCCUUCUGUGCGUUGUUCACCGAACAGGAAUGGCGCGACUUCGAAUAUUACAUCGAUCUUCAAUUCUACGGAGACUACGGCUUCGGCUCUCCCAGCGGCCGUGCCCAGGGAAUUGGAUAUGUCCAGGAGCUCGCAGCUCGUUUGCAGCACAAGCUCAUCAUGAGCAGUGACAGCAGCGUCAACUACACUUACGACGACAACACCAAGACUUUCCCUCUCGACCAGCCUCUCUACAUGGACAUGUCUCACGACGACAUCAUCGUGUCCGUGCUGGCUGCUCUUGGAUUGGACUACUUCAAGUACGGUCCUCAUGGCCUGCCUGUCUCUGUUGCACACGCGCCACCCCGCACCUUCAACCUGAACCAGAUGACUCCCUUUGGCGCUCGCUUGUACAGUGAGAUUUGGACUUGUCCCAAGGACGUCUCAUUCAAGCAUCUCCAGGUGCAGAAGUACAAGAACCCCGAUCUGUCGUCUAAGUCGGAUACUACCGAUUAUAUCCGAUUUGUUCUGAACAAUGCACCCGUGCCUCUGGAUGGUUUGAAGGCCUGCGAUGGUUCGGUCAAUGGAUUCUGCAAGGUCGACAAGUUCCUCAGUGCUAUUCCCGGUCUCAACAAGGAAGCCAUGUACCAGGAGGCCUGCUUUGGUGACUACAAUAUCACCACCCAGGUUGGCAAUGGGCAGCCCAUCCAGUCUUGA